AUGUUCGGCCCCUUCGAUACGGAGCUCUCUUGGCCCGACCGUUCCAUGGCCUCAGUCGCCCUCUCGCCCUACUCUCCCCUCGCCCUCCGCUCUCUGCCCCAGCCUGUACCUAGCGAUGCUCCGUCGAACCUCGACGCCUCCAUCUUCACCUUUGAGGACGCCUUUGAGGACCUUCUUGCCGUCUCCCAGGGCCAGCCGUUGCCAGCCAUCGACGUACGCUAUGAGCAGCGCAAGCUCCUGCGCUCCAUGUUCCCCGAGGGAGAACCCGCUUACUUCUGGCUGCGCAGGUUGAAGUCGCAGGGCCUCCUUGAUAUGCCUGGCCCCAGCCAGCUCCUGGCGCAGGUAGCUGACUCCAAUUGGGACUACUUCCACCGCGAACUGGACCGCAGAGCCGCAAAUGUUUGGCGCGCUGUGGCUGGUGAAGACUCCAGAGAUUCCCGUGAUGUCCUCGAGGAUGACGACAAUUCCCUCGACUCGUUCCGAGAGAGUGCCGAGUCCGAGCAUCUCCGCCGCCGUCGCAACGGGCCCGACCACUUUGAUGACUUCUUUUCCUCCAUCCAGUCAUCCUUCUCCAAUUCCCAAUCCUCCUGGGACUCUUUCGUAAAGUCCAUGACAGAUAGCCCAUCUACCUCACUUGAAAAGUCCCAGCAGGACAAGUCUCUCGACAAGAGCCAGGAGGUAACCAAGGACGAGUACGUGGACCGCUUUGGGUAUUUGCAUAGCAAAGUUACCGUCAAGACACUCGACGAGGAUGGCAAUCAAAUUGGGAGCCAAACCCACUACACCGUCCGUCCUGCCGACAAGCAGUCUGACGAACCCAAGGAUGGCGACAAGUCUGGUAUCCAUGCCGAUGGCCGUGUAGAGACGAAAGCGGGCUGGCUCUGGAAGUGA